AUGGCCGCACCGGCGGAGGGGAACUCCCUGAUCAGAGCCGUCUACCAGAGCCGCCUGCGCCUCACCAGGCUGCUGCUGGAGGGUGGGGCCUACGUCAACGAGAGCAACGACAGGGGUGAGACCCCGCUGAUGAUCGCCUGCAGGACGAAACAUGUGGACUCCCAGAGCGUCAGCAAGGAAAAGAUGGUUAAAUACCUGCUGGAGAACAAGGCUGACCCAAACAUACAGGACAAAUCUGGGAAGACAGCCUUGAUGCAUGCGUGUGUGGAAAAAGCAGGCCCUGAGGUGGUAUCUCUGCUCCUGAAAAGUGGAGCUGACCCAAGCCUGCAGGAUCACUCCAAUUGUUCUGCUCUUGUGUAUGCAAUACACUCUGAAGACAAAGAGACCCUCAGAGUUCUUCUUAAUGCCUGCAGGGCACGAGGGAAAGAAGUCAUCAUCAUCACAACGGACAAGUCCCCCUCAGGGAGGCAGAAAACAAAGCAGUACCUGAACGUGCCUCCUGCAGACCUCGGGGAGUGCCACUCCCCAGCUGCUUGCACUUCCCCCUCAGAAGUAGAACUGGAAACCUCUCCAUCCCCCCUUUCAAGUUCAAAUGAAACUGGAAAAGCGCUGUUCAGCUUUAAAGAGCUGGAUCAUCCACGAAGUGUGGACAACUCAUCUCAGACAGUUUCCCUGACAAGAAAAUCCAGCUCAACAAAAGUAGGGUCCAAGCUGGCAGCAGUGCAGCGGCUGCAGUCUGAGUCCCGCAUGAGGAGCUCUCCAUCACUGCUCCACCAGAACAAAAUUGCCUCUGUACAAGAAGAACUUCAGGAUAUUACUCCAGAAGAAGAGCUGUCUUUUAAAGUCAACGGCCUUGCCUUAUCAAAGAGAUUCAUCACCAGGCACCAGAGUAUUGACAUAAAAGACUCUGCUCAUUUAUUGAAAACUUUUGAUCAGACUGGAUCAAGGAAGUUAUCAUAUGAUGAGCUAAACUCUCGGACCUUUUAUGCUGAAGAGAAACAUAGCCCCAGUGGGAUUCCUGUGGGUAAGGGUACCAGUUCAGGACAAAACAGCUUUAUUUCAAACCUCAGAAGUAUUAUCCAGAGAAGAAAUUUAGGAGCAAACCACUACAGCUCUGAUUCUCAGUUAACUACUAGUUUAAGUCCUGCUGCUGCAGAAGAGAGUAAGCCAAUGAUAGGAAAGAAAAAGAUUCUUUCCCCAUCUCACUCUUCAUUACCAAGUUCUAAAGAAGUACUGGAGAACAUGCCUCCUGUUACUCUGAGUGGGAGAAAUCAACCUUUUUUAGAAAGACAGGGUUCAGGAGCCUUGUUGUUGGAUCACCCUGCUCAGACAAGACCAGGUUUUCUUCCACCACUGAAUGUGAAUUCUCACCCCCAAAUUCCAGAUACUACUUUCAUGAACAGGGUUUCUGGGAUGAUUUCUGCUGGACACAAACACUUAGUACCAGCAGCGCCUUCCUUCCCUAGGGAGACCAAAGGUACAAAAAUGCUACUAAGGAGGCAGUCAUUACAGACUGACCAGAUCAAGCAAUUAGUGAAUUUUUAA